ACCUCUCCCUACGUGAUGCUAGGAUGUUAUGUGGAACAUUGAAGAGAGGGUCAAACGACAUAAGAAAAGGCUACGCUAUAGAGGAGCUACAAGACCUCCCCACUGACUUCGACGCUCGCACCGCAUUUCCCAACUGCUCAAAGGUUAUCGGCCACAUCAGAGACCAGUCAGCUUGUGGGAGCUGUUGGGCAUUCGGUGUCACUGAGGCCUUUAAUGACCGCCUAUGUAUCAAGUCGGAUGGGGCGUUCACGGAGCUCCUAUCGGCCGGCGAGAUGAAUGCUUGUACGCUGUUCUUCGGAUGCGGUGGUGGAGAUCCUUACUCAGCCUGGUCUUGGGUGCACGAUAAAGGGAUCGCAACUGGUGGAGAUUACGUUGCGAAAGAUGAUAUGACCAAAGACGAUGGGUGCUGGCCGUAUGAUUUCCCCCCAUGCGCUCAUCAUAUCAAUGAUACCAAGUACCCCAAAUGCCCGGAGGGCUUAUACCCGACUCCCAACUGUGUCGAACAAUGUCACAACCCGAAGUAUACGACCACUUUGAGAGAGUAA